CUUGCUGCUAUUUGUUAUCUUCAUCCUUGAAUUUGCUUUGAUUGUCCCUCUGCAUCGCACCUCUUGAAAAAGUCUGCAUCCUUGAUCGGUCGGACAGGGAGUGCCUUUUUUUUCUUCGUCAUCGUUCCUCCACUGCACUUGUUCAUUCCAAGAGCAAGACCAAGACCCAAGACGGAAGAUCAAGUGUCUCAAGCCUAGUUAUGUUGACAACACAGAUCCAGGUCCUGCUCUACGUGGGAAACAUUCAGCUCGUGAGCUGCUCCGUCUUCGUCCCCAUCCCCAACAUCGUCGUCAAGUCCCACCAGACCCUCGAGGCCAUCCUGCCAUAUCUGCCCCUGUCCCUCACAGCGACUACAGCCGAUCCAGACGAAUCUUCGGAACAGCAGCAGCAGCUCCUUACUGCAUCCUCAUCUCCCUCUUCAGGAGACUCGCAAGCACUGGUACCAUCAUCUUCUCCAUCGUCGCCAACUGCCCCAACUCCUUCUGCCCUGGUUCUCUCCUCCAAGGCAUCCGACCUCAGUCUCAGGAACAGACGAACACGUGAAGGCGCCUCUAUUUCCGGUACUACAAGUCCCAGUGGGGGUCAAGAUACCAAUCGAAUCAGCCCCGACUGCUCCAUACCUGCAACAACCUGCAUCAAGAUCUCGCUCCAGCCCACACCCACCUUCAAGUUCGUCAAGCCAAAGUGUCCGCAUCUGCACCAGAAGCACAGGAACCAACGCCACAUCCGACAGCAGCAGCAGCAGCAGCAACAGCAACAGCAACAGCAACAGCAACAGCAACAGCAGCAACAACGCUCUCGCUCUCAUUCACACUCUCAUUCGCAUCCCUCUCAUUCACGCCCUCAUUCGCACCCCCAUUCUCAUCGGCGAACCAACAUCCACCAUAUGGCCCCACUUGAAUAUUCCCCUCAACCCGCCCUCUCCUCUACCCCCUCUUCCUCCACCUCAGGCGUAAUCAUCCUCAAGUUUUCAUACCCAGUCCCCUCCAAUACCCCUGACUCGCCCUCCAAAAUCCCAGACGUCGUUCAGGUCACUGGCACCUUCAAUGGUUGGAAGCGCAGCGAUCCUCUAACCCGAAACCAAGAGACCUCUCGUUUUGAAGGCGAAAUUCCAGUUGCAGUCGACAGCAUCCGAGAGCAGGAUCAGGGCCAGGGUGCAGUGAAUAACACUAAAAAGAUCCUAUUCAAGUUUGUGCUGGAUGGAGCCCAAUGGGUCACGGAUCCACAGCAGGAGCUGGAGAGGGAUCGCGCCGGAAACCUGAAUAACGUUCUCUUCUUGAGCAUAGCAGCUGGCACAACCAACACUGCAGCUUUUGCAACGGCAGAGGAGCAAGACAAGAAGCUCGAGGAUGUUACGCCGACAACUGCUGCAGCAACAGCCUUCACAUCCGUCGAAAAGGAAGAGUCGGAGGAGGAGAGGAUCGCACGAUUGAAGCAAGAAGAAAAUGAUGAUGCUGUAAUCCGUCAAUUCGGAGGUGGAAUGUGGGGCGCGCCUUCCUUUGCCGUGAAUGAUCCUGUCGACCUGCCCGAGCACUUUGUCGCAGCUCCAGAGCAAGCCGAGACCUUGGCCGAGACUGAUAUCGGUACAGAGGAACCGCCUGUCGAGAGUGCCUCGGUCCCUGCUGCUACUGCUGUCGCUCCUGUCGAAGACGUCAAGGUCGAGCAGCCUCAAUUGGUCAAGGAGAGGGUCGUUGAUACCCAGGUAGUCUCCGAGAAUGUGAUGAAGAAAACAGAAGAGGAGGAUGAGGAUGAUAAAAUCAUUAAGGAACUUGGUCGCGGCUUUUGGGGAACACCUUAUUUCCAAGUCAAUGACACUACCGCGUUGCCGGAACCCUUUUCCGGAAUUGCCGCUGUCGCUGCCAAGUCGGACGAAUUGCCAUCGGAAUCAGAGACCGUUAUCGUUACAGAGAAGGAAGCCACAGUCGUCAAGGACAUGGUCUCUGCCACAGUUAGUGGCAGCUUGAUCAAGACAGUCGUCCAGACCACGGAGGAUACGGUCAUCGAGGACCCCGAUGGUACAUUUUUGGAGGAGUCAAUCACCACCAGUGUCCGGGAAACGCUCUCGGGUGAACUCCAGGAGUCCGUGACGGAGAUGAUCGAGACCGUCGAAGAGGAGAAGGUCCCAGCAUCUGGAAUUGAAGUGACUGAGACUGAGACUGCGAUUGCGAUCCAGGCCGAAGAUGGCGUCGAGACGACGGUCAUCGAGGACACCUUCACCUUCACUGACGGACCCGUAGUUGACGCCGAUAGCCUUCACUCACUCACUACUGCCGUCAAACCCAUCAAACGAGGUGAGAGCUUUAUUGUUGAGCAAUCGCCCGAGGUGGUUGUGGAGUCACCAACUGCAGCUGAGUCCGAGGUCCUUGCAACUGUAGGAGAUACAAGACCUCAGAUCGAUGAGUCCGUCGACCCUGCGCCCUCUCCCAUGAGCACCCAGACCAGCAGCGUAGCAAAUAAUGUGCAACCAAUCAGCGUUGACAGCAGUAAGAUCAGUCUUGUAGGAGGCGACGAGCAGAAUACAGUGCUGUUGCAGAGCCUGUCUAUCUCUGCAAUGCCAUUGAAGAACAAAGUCGUUGUAGGAUUAGCUGGAGACGCAAAACCGACGGCGGAUCUUUCAGUAGCGACGCACAUGGACGUGACUACAGCACCUGCAAAAAAUUCGUCAACGUCUGCGUCGAUUGCGUCGUCUGGAGCGAGUGCAGAUGUGCCUUCUUCGGGCGUGAACUCGAUCUUGACGUCGUCGACAGGGCUCACGGAGAAGACGGAAAAUACGGAGAAGCUUGCAAAGCGAAAGUCAAUCUGGAAGAAGAUCAAGAAGGUGCUUUCUUGAACCAGGCGCGCAUACAACUCGUACACGUAUCU